AUUCCAUUUCAGGGGUAAUAGUCGCUAUGGUGGAAAGAGUACACAAUGUAGGGAAAAACCAAAUCGUAGGAUAUGAUAAUGUGAGAAAUGUAUAUAAAAUUUGACAUUUGAUAUGGUGGCUUUUAAGAAGAUUGGUUGAUACUCUGGAUGAAGUCGUAACAAAGAUCCGGAUCCUCUCUGAGUGAACCCGCUCCGGAGAGCUUCCAUAUCAUGGACAUUAGCAACUGUUUCGUGGGAGUAGAUAAAUUACUCUUUCCACAAUAUAUCAGAUCUAACUUCUUAGAUUAAAUCAACUAAUUGUUCCAUACGGAGACCACCGUCAUAGAAGCACUUAGUAGGUGCUAUUCUAACCCAUCGCAGUGAAAUCGAGCCGAUAUGACUGACAAGCCACGCUCACUAAAUAGGUAUCGAUAAAUCUUACUAGUCAAUAAUUAGCUCAAUCGUAGAAUGAUUGGACAUGAUAUGGUCAACCGUCGAUGUUUUGUUUAUUGUUUUCCGAUGACGUUGUGAUGUAGAGUUAUUUGCAUCAUCAUUAUAUGGCCCUUUAUCUAGGUACUAGCUGUUACUUAUUAGUUGAAGGAACCCUUAAAUAAUCCUAUUCCUGGAACAUAUGAAAGAUCCAAGCCUUAAAUUGAAUAUGAGACCGUGAAAUUACACGCGCUUUCAUAGAAUGUUGCGAUAUCCGACAGCACCCCGUUCGCGCCUCUUUACUAUUGCACGAGGCCUGCGCCAGGUACCACAUCUACGUGGGUUUUCUGUUGCACCAGCACGACACGGCCCUCUUUUAAAUGCAAUCAAAUACGAUCAUCGCGAAUUUGAGGCCUUCCUUCCUCAUAUCGUUGACCACAAGACUUCGGACGAGCGGACCAGGUAUGGAAACCUCUUUGUGUGGGAGCUAGCGCGCUACUCAGUAGCUGAGGAGAUGGUUGUAUGCCCGGCAAUGGAAGAGAACUUAGAAGAUGGAUAUGAUGUCGCUAAAAAACAUCGUCAUCAAAUUCGAACUAUGAGAAAACAACUUUAUCAACUACAAGGCUUGGAGGCGGAAGACCCAGACUAUGAACCAACGUUCCGCGACUUAUACUCAAACCUUCAACGUCACGUUAAGAAGGAAGGGGAGCAUGACAUACCGCGGCUAGAGGCCAGUCUUGAUCACAACUCACUCUUACAGCUGAGUAAGUCGUUUGAUCGCACCAAGUUCCUAGCACCUACCCGGAGCCAUCAAUCAUCGGACGGGGCGUCGCCGUUUGAAAAGGUCGUUAUGCUAGUAUCGGCUCCGAUUGAUAAGUUUGUGGAUAUUUUCCGAAAGUUUCCUAAAGUUGACGGCCCGCUACAGUAAUUGAUUAAGGGCUUAGCAUGUCUUGAAGGUGUCGGGGUGAAAAGUGAUGAUCCUAAAAGCACCCACGGUGCACAGCACAACAAGGCCAAGGUGUAUGCAUGCGAACAAGAUAUAAUUUUGAAACUUGAAGCCUUGAACGCUAGUAGUUCUCACCUGGGUACUGACUGUGAAGUGAUAGCAAAUACCUAUAUGUAGUAGAGUGAGGUCUCAUUUUGAGCAAAUUUCUGGAGUUUCCUUCAUAAAUCUCUCUAGGUUAUGUAGGUUGAUCUCGAAUAAUUAUCUGGAUUAGUAAGAAGAUGAAGG